AUGAUCACCCGAUGGUUCCCACCAAAAGAGCGACCAUUCGCUGUGGGUUUUGUUACUGGCGGAAGGCAAAUAGGAACUCUUAUGAUAUUACCGCUUGGCGGAUUAUUUUGUGAACACCCAGCAACAUUUGGAUGGCCAGCGAUUUUCUACUUGUCUGCCAUUAUUGGAGCAGUUAUACUUGUUAUAUGGCUAUUAUUCGCUGCUGAUAAGCCAUCGAAGCACUUCUUGGUCUCUAAGCCUGAAAACCUCUAUAUUGCUCGGAAGAUCAACGAGGAGAAGCUUGGAAAGCGUACGGAUCGUGGUAAUCCACCAUGGGGUAAACUUGCUCGAUGCUUACCGCUAUAUGUGGCUGUCGCUGCACUUGUAUGCCACGAAUAUCCUCUAGUCAUUAUGCUUCAGCUUCUCCCAAAGUACUUUUCGGAUGUACUUGGUCUUUCGAAUAUCGUUAACGGUGUGAUCUCAUCAUUACCUUCGAUUGUUUUAUUUGUCUCUAAGACGUUAUCAUCUAUUUUGGCGUCGUUGCUAACAGCAAGGAAACCGCCACUUCUUGGACCCACAGCUUGUUGCAAGCUUUUCAACUUUGUUGGCUCACUUGGUCUUGCAAUUUGUGUGGGUCUGACCCCUUGGCUUGGAUCAAGUGGAAAUACGACAGCAGCGGUUGUUGUUCUAUGUUUAGCAAACGGUUUUGCGGGUAGGUCUGACAUUGCCAUUCUAUAA